AUGCCCAACGCCUCCCUUGCGAUUGUCGCAGCGGCCUCUGCCGCCGCAGGCGCAUCAGUCACUGCCCUGCUAUUGUCCAGAUCUCGACAACAUGAACCAUUUCCUGCCCCGACACGAACACUGACAGAGUCGCCUUCGAUCCCUGUUGCUCCAGUCCCAGUCCCAGUUCCUGUACCAGUCGCCGUCUCAGCUCCUCCUGCUCCUACCACCAUCCUGGUCCAUCCCGUUGACCCGUCUGGGAUAUUGCGAUAUGGCCUCCCGGGACCUAUUGCGGACCCCUUGUCCACGCCGUCCUUCCUCGCCGCCUUCAACCGGGCAACCCGAAAUCCCCACUGGGUGGCAGAACAUUUCACGGCGCAGUCGUUACUUCUGAACAAUGCAUCUCGCCGGAAAAGCAUCUUUUUCGAGGACCCAAGACUGCCUCCAAGGUUCCGAGCAAAAUUGGCGGAUUACGCACGAAGCGGAUACGACCGUGGUCACCAAGUGCCGGCGGCAGAUGCAAAGUGGUCACAAGAGGCGAUGGAUUCGACAUUUUCCUUGAGCAACAUGUGCCCCCAAGUUGGGGAGGGCUUCAACCGAGAUUACUGGGCCCAUUUCGAAGACUUUUGUCGAGGGUUGGUCAAGAAGUAUCCAAGCGUCAGGGUAGUCACCGGCCCAUUAUAUUUGCCCAAAAGAGAUGAAAAAGAUGGUAAAUGGAGGGUUACCUACGAAGUCAUUGGAAACCCCCCGAAUGUGGCGGUGCCGACUCAUUUCUUCAAAAUCAUUUUCGCCGAAGAGGCAGCCGACAGUCCCAGUGGCAAGGUCGCCCUGGGUGCGUUCGUCCUACCGAACGCUGAGAUCCCCAAUCAAAAGAGUUUGAGCGAUUUUGAAGUCCCAAUCGAAGCAGUAGAGCGGGCGAGUGGGCUGACGUUUGGUGAAAAGCUGCCGGCGGAGAGGAGAAAACAACUUUGCAGGGAGGUCAAGUGUGAAAUCAUUGUUAGAGAAUUUGACAGGAGCCGUCAGCAAUCAGGCGGCGUUGGCCAGCCCUCAAAGGUUGCCCCCCAGAUUGCGCAGGCCGAGGCCAAGUGGUGA